UGGUCGCAUUUUGAAGACCAGAAAGAGCAGAGGAGGCACAGCAGGGUUCAGAAAAUAAAUAAGCUAGUCUGUUCAUUUGUGUGGGAACAUGUUCGCUUCAGAGACGCAGACGAUCAAAACACAAACGUUCAAAAUAUGAUGUUCUGUCUGCAACACAAUAAAUCACUUGCUGUGUUUCUUACAGGGAUGAAAAAAAAACCCUGUAAGAAACGUGAUCUUUUCAUGCAGUGGUUCCCAAAGUGUGGGGCGCGCCCCCUAUGGGGGCGCAGUGCCAUUGCAGGAGGGCGCGGGAAGCAGUAUGAAUGAAUAAUAAAAUUAAAACAAACAGCCACACUGAAGUGUUUCACUGUAAAGAUGAUUUGUAGUUUGUUUUGUUGCAACCUGAAGUGUGAAAUAAACUUCAGUGGAGUUUGAAAACAAAACAUGUUAAAAGUUGGACGAUGUGUGACCAGUUGAUUUUAUUGUAAUCCACAGGGGAGCCAGAAAACCUUUGGGAACCACUGAACUUAAAACUUGUCAGAAAGACAUAUCCACUUGUUUUAGUAAAUUAUUUAUUUAUUAAUGAAGAAGUACUUGUUCCUUUGUCAGAUAAAUUAACCUAUAACAUGGAAAAAAUAUCUUGUUGCAAGUAAAAUAAUCUGCCAAUGGAACAAGAACUUAUCAAUAUUAAGGAGUUAUUUACUUAAAAUAAGUUGGGUAUAAAGCAUCUUGGUACAAAGCUACUUUUAAGUUAGAAAACUUGAAAUAAGACAAAACUAAAACAUUUGAAUUAGGAACUAAACCCAAACUAUUUGGCAGGACUUUGUGUUUUUGCAGUGCAGAAUAAUCUUUACUAAAAUAACUGUUAGUUGCAGCCUGAGUUUCUUAUACGUAUUAUUAGGUUCUUGUUCUAUAAUGUGAUAAAUGUUGCAUUUUGUUACACAGUGUUUGUUAAAGUACAAAUAAUUGCAGAUUUUAGGUUAUUUUUAAUAAAACAGUUUACAUUUUAGUUGAUUUACCUGCUAGAUUUUUCAGGAAGGUAAAAUAAAUUAGCGUUCAAAUUAACACACUGUUCUUGUCGAAACUGCGCCAAAACUUUCUAAGGAAUCAUUUUAAGUAAUUGUGGUUUUAAUUAAAACAAUAACUGCCAUCCUUCUGAGAGCAUAAAGAUCUGCAGCUCCGUCAUCGCAUCAACAUUCAGAUUUUCCUGAAGCACGACAGACACCCACAUCAGCUCCUCCUCCUGCUCCUCCCCUCUCUGCUUCAUCCUACUCCUCCACCUCCUCAGUCUCCUCCACCUCCUUUUUCGCGUGCUGCUCGGGUCUCUGAAGCAGCAUGAGAGGUCCAUCUACAAGGGAAUGUCAAGCAACAGAAGCUCACGGCUGAAUCGGCACCAAGCAGCAGUGAGGUGACAAAAAGUGAUUCAUCCUGUGCAGCCUUGAGGAUUAACACUUUGUCUUCACUUUAAUUCCAGCUGGACAAACUUUACGCAAACUACGACCGAUUCUCCGAGAUCUGGAGAGGACAUGGUCGGUGAACUGUGAUUAUUGCUCCCAGGAACCAGAAGUCCUUCUUGGUAAUUCUUGUUUUUUGGGCGAGACAUCUGGGCAGAAGCUUCGAAGAACCACGGCUGGUUUUGUAACGCAGACACUCAACAGCUGUUGCUUCUGCCACCUCGACUUGAAGAGGGAAAAAAAAAAGCUACAGGAUGCAGAACUCGUACGAUCCUGACAAACUUGUUUGCAUAAAAGUGCCCUGUUCUUAGCAACUGGUGAGGAUGAGAGACGGCGUGGCGACCUACCUGUAUUUGAUAAGUGUGUUUUUCACCUCGUUGGAGAGGAAAGCGCAGAGGGAAAAAGUGUGCAGCAGUGAGCAGGAGAGGGGAGAGGCAGCCAGGAAAGGUGCGAGGCAAACGCUUUGAGAGGAAAGAUGACUCGCGCCGCGGCGAGAAGAGACUGAGCGAUCGCUGCCAGACAGAGGGAGGAAAAGAAAAUUAAGACUUGGUCAAACGCCCAUUUUGUUCUGGAGCGCCGCGGCUGCCAACUCAUCUUGAUGGGGACACAAAGAGGAGACUAAUAAGAAAAACCUAAUAACAGAAGACAAUGGAUGUCCAUAACAGCACUUUACACAAUGCGACAGUUCCCUACAGCCUCUUGGAGGUCAUAGCCAUCGCUACAGUGUCAGCCAUCGUCAGUCUGAUAACUGUAGUUGGAAACAUACUGGUGUUGCUCUCAUUCAAAGUAAAUAGCCAGCUGAAGACCGUUAACAACUAUUACCUGCUCAGUUUGGCCUUUGCUGACCUCAUCAUAGGAGUCCUGUCCAUGAACUUGUACACCAUGUACAUACUGAUGGGCUAUUGGUCUUUGGGGAACAUUGCUUGUGACCUCUGGCUGGCAGUAGAUUAUGUGGCCAGCAAUGCCUCAGUCAUGAACUUGCUUGUGAUCAGCUUUGACAGAUACUUCUCCAUCACAAGGCCACUGACUUACAGGGCAAAGAGGACACCGAAGAGAGCCGCCAUUAUGAUUGGGCUAGCUUGGCUGGUAUCUUUUGUACUUUGGGCGCCUCCCAUUCUAUGCUGGCAGUACUUUGUGGGAAAGAGAACAGUUCCUCACGACGAGUGUGAAAUCCAGUUUUUAACCGAGCCCAUAAUCACGUUUGGAACGGCAAUUGCUGCUUUCUACAUCCCGGUCUCAAUUAUGACCAUCCUCUACUGGAGGAUCUACAAGGAGACGCAAAAACGGACAAAAGACCUUGCAGAGCUUCAAGGACUCACAACUGGGAAUGUCCCAGAGGGGAAUAAACCACAGAAGACAAUGAUUCGGUCUUGUUUUCAUUUCCCCAGAGAGAAAAGAGACCAGAGUCAGGCCUCCUGGUCUUCGUCUACGCAAAGUAACGCUACUAAAAUGACCAGCAGGUCAGAUGAAGCAUGGGUGAAAUCAGAUCAGAUCACUUCUUUCAACAGCUACACAUCAUCAUCAGAAGAGGAGCAUCGGGUUUCAAUAGAAACCCCACAAGGAUCAUUCAAAGAGCAGCAGGCGGGAAAGAGUAAUAAGAACGGGGAGGUUCCAGAUUAUCCAGAGGAGGAGUAUUGUUCGACUCCUCAGACGAAGAGCCAUAAAAGCUUGAUCUCUUACAAGUUCAAAGGCAGCUCAAAGAGUAAAAAUGACAAUCCACCGAGUCCAAAACCAUGCCCUCCAGAGCCAGAGCAGCCGGUCAAAAAGCCGUCUACCUCUUCAUCCUCCACUGCUUCUAAGCCCAUAGACUCCGCCAUGAAGAACAGGAUCACCAAGAGGAAGAGGAUGGUGCUUGUGAAGGAGAAGAAGGCAGCCCAAACCCUCAGCGCCAUCCUCCUGGCCUUCAUUCUCACAUGGACGCCGUACAACAUCAUGGUGCUCAUCUCUGCGUUCUGCUCCAAGUGCGUCCCUGUGUCCCUUUGGCACUUGGGCUACUGGCUGUGCUACGUCAACAGCACCGUCAACCCCAUGUGCUACGCUCUGUGCAACAAGACCUUCCGGAAGACCUUCCGCAUGCUCCUGCUCUGCCAGUGGAGGAAGAGGAGGCGAGGCAACAAUAAAAUGAACUGAUGUGGUGGUUAAUGCUUUUUAUCCCCACAUGACGGCGUCUGUUCAUAUUUGCUAGUGUUCAUUUGCCAUGUGGUGGUUUUUGUAUUUGAUAUAUGUUGGUAGAAAUUUAGAAAAAGUCAAAAUGACUGGAAGGAAAGUUUACUCAGCCAAUAAACAUCCUACAAAGAGAAAGAUGUAUAAAAAAAACAUCUAUCUUUUAUAGCAGUAGGAAACACUGAGGAUUUGCAUUGAGAAUUUUCUCUGAUUUUGCUUUUUAUAGUUAUAUGUUUGAGUAAAAUAAACAUUGUUCUUUUAUUCUAUGAACUACUGACAACAUAGCUCAGAAAUUCAAGCAACUUUUUUUUAAUUUAUUUGCAGAAUAUGACAAAUGGUCAAAAUAAUGAAAAAGAUGCAGUGCUUUCAGAUCUCAAAUAAUGCAAAGAAAACAAGUUAAUGUUAAUUUAGAAACAACAAUACCAAUGUUUUAACUCAGGAAGAGUUUAGAAAUUAAUAUUUGGAGGAAUGACCAGGAUGUUUUCAAUGUGGGUUAGUGCAUUUUUCCCAGACCUGGACAUUUCUUCUCCUUUUUGUUUGCAUUUUUUAACCCUGAAUAAUUGUGCUCAAUAUAAAAUCUGAAUUUUCUCAAUUUUUAAUUGUGUGAGGAUACUACUGCAGUAAAAGAUGGAUUUAUUUUAAAGCUUUUUGCACAUAUUUUUCACUAUAUGUGUGUAUUUAGAAGGAGUUAAAAGGCUUCACAAAAGUUACCUUGGAUGAACUUACCUUGGAUUUUCAAACGCUUUUGAAUAAAAGAGGCGAUGUGAAGGAACCAAAAUCUUUCUUGAAACGGAUGGCUUCAGAUGAUGCCUCCAAAUCUCAGAAUGAAGAACCUGUAAUUUGUGUACCAUGAUGGUUCAUGAUGCUGCCACUUUUCACAGCAAGAAAAACGGAUUAAAUAAGAAUAAUUCAGUGUAUCUUUUCUAGGUGUUGUCUUCAAUCUGUGUUUCUGGGUCCAGCACAAAAUAAGUGCAAAAAGUUUGAAGUGCUCGUUUAUGACAGCUGUUAAUGUCAUUGUAUUUGUUGCUUUGUAUUGAUCUUUUUCUAUGUAGAUUCAGAUACACAAGUUGAUUUGAGAAGAUGUAAUUUUUUUGUGACAUAUCUGAAAAAUGUCCUUAUUCUGCAUCCGACCAAAUUAAUUUGCGCUUUCUUAUUACGAGAUUACCCAUCAUUCACUUGCUUAUUGCUGCUGAUGCUACUUGCAUUUCCAGUAUUUCUUUUCUUGCUGGUUCUUGAUGUGUUUUAUAUAAAAAAGUAUUUUGUUUUGAGACUCACAACUCAGCUGUUAGUCAUGUCUUCUGAAUAAAAUUCUAGCUGUUAACUAUAUCAACCAGAAGGAUGUGAGGUGCCUGUGAUUGUGACUUUUCAAAAAAUACAAAACAAAAAGUGGAGUUCAGUCACUUUAUCUCAAAUUAAGAUUGAAGAAAAUAAACUCGUGUAUUUAAAUAUGUCAAAAAUUGCAAAUAAUUACACUAUAGUUCUCAAAGGUGUGCAAAAACUGGCCAGGUUUUUAUAUGAAACCAAAUAAAGCUUUUUUGGACUUUAUUUAUAUAAAAAUCCUGUACAAUUCAACUUUAAAGCUUGUACAGGCUUUAAACUUGUACUUAAUAUUUAAAAAGUUAAAGUAGCAUCCACUGAUCCAACUGUUAAUUUUAUCCACAGAAAAACUUUUUUUUAAGUAUGAAUAAAGGCAAACCCAGAGCAUGAUGCUGCCACCACCAUGCUGCACUGUGUCUGAUUUGUUUCCAAUUUGUGGCCCAGAUGUUUAUUUUCUGGUUUCAUCAGACCAGAAAACAUUCUUCCAUCUAGUUUUAAGCCUGGAUGUUUUCUUUAAAAGAAAAAUAAUUCCGGCCCACCAUGCCUUCUUAUGUGGCCCACUAGAUUAUAGACUAAACACUAAGUGUGCGUAAAUAUUAUGUUAUCAAUCAAAUCAAUUUUUUAUCUGUUUAUUGCCAAAUUGUAUCAGUCAGUCCCUGUAGUUUUUUGAGAAUUAUUGUGGAAAUUCACGUAAAAUCAACAAAUCCCCACACUUUUUUUGCACUGAUUGGGAGUUUAUUGUCGAUUUUUCUCCAAAAAUAGUCAAAAACUUUUUUAUUUGUUCUCAACAGCUGCCUCCGCCUUAACCUAUGUCAGAUUAUAGUCCACGAGAUAUACAGGGAUUAUUAAAAAGUCGUAUUUUCCAUCAUAAAUGCAUAUAAUAUUUCAAAUAUUUCCAAAUCAGUACCACAAACACUUUGAUUUUUAUUGCAAAAAAUUACAAAAAGAAUCACAAAAUCUGAAAAGAUGUUCAAUAAUAAUAUCUAAUUUUAAGGAUUCACUGAUAUUUUAACAGUUUGUUAACAGGUUUUAUCAAUACAUCCUGGCACAACUCGCACUUUAAGAGCAUUCAGGAUCUAGAUUUGGCCCAAAACCAAAAUGAAUUUGACACCCCUGCUGUAGAGAAUAAAGAAGACAGAAAUUAAUUCAGCUUCUUCACUGCUUAUGGUCUUUUAAGUAAUUUUGGAGAACAUUGUGGAUAACUGAGAGGACUUUCUCAGAGUGGUGAAUUAUUUCUGCGUUGAUGCAGUUGGAUGUUCAGGAUAAUCAGCCAGUUGAAAGACCAAAUGAAGCCCUACGUUCACGUUUCUGGUAGAGGCUACAAGAUUUCUUCCUUUGGAAGAGAAAGAGGCCCAAAGCAUCAUGGAUCCUCCUCUGUACUCAACAGUAAACAUGUGCAUUUGCCAGAUAUUCGGAACAUCAAGAUCAAGAAUGUCUUUAAAUUAAAAUUAGAAUAUAAAAACAGUGAUCUGUAACAACUUUAGUGAGCAGCAAUAUGAACUUGUGUUUAUAAAUGUACAAAAUAUAGAUAGCAGUAGUGUUUGUUUAUUUUGCAGUUUCAUCAAUUACUGUUAAAACAGGGAGGCUGAAUUUGAAUUUUGUUACUGUUUACUUAUAAUUUAUAUGUUUAACUGUUCAAAUUUCCCAAUCUAAAGUUUUAUUUUAUACUGUUCUGUAAGGUUUUUGUGAAAGAUGCACAUUGGUUUUAAUGUUAAAAAUUUCAUGUGCAUUCAAAAUGACUGUUGCUAAGUUUUAGAGAAAUGCUCCAUUCCUCAGCCGAAAAUACAGUAAAUAACACUGAAUCUGAUUAUGUAUAAAUAUUGUAUUUACCAAAAUAUUUUAAGUUUCACACCUGUGAACAUUAAAUGUAAAUUUUGUACACUGGGUUUGGUGAUGUUUUCUUCUGUUCUGUUUCUGGCUUUUGGGAACGUAUCUUAUGUUUAAGGGCUAACUUGUGCAUCUUGUGAAUUUUAGAAAGCAGUAGUUGAACAGUAAUGUACAUGUGAUUAUUUAAAGAAAACAUCCCUCCUAGUAUCCAUCAUGUAAAAAAGAUUUUAUAUGUUUGAAUGAUGACUUUGUAUUGACCCUUUGCAACUACGUCACUAAAUCAUUCCAGGCGCCAUGAUGGACGGCGGAAGUGAGGGGCGGGAGUGUUAAACGUAGCUAAUGAAAUUGUUUUUCAAAGUUGUUUUUGCCAGUUUAUUCAUGGCUUCUACUUGUUCGAGUUCAGCUAGUUUAUCUGUGAAUGCAACACAUCUUGUUGGGCUUUACAGAUGGAGGUAUUUACAAAAGUUGGAAGCAGCUAGCUUAGCAACGACCCGAACCUCCUCUCACCGGACAUGUUGAUCAAAUUACCGACUUUGCCUGAAUUUACACAACAUAAUUUAUGUGAUUAUGUCGUAAACGGCGAUUCCCCUUUACACAGAGGAAGCCUUACAAAGGUAGAAAAAACGAGAUGCUAACCACUUCGCUCCAUACAUGCUAGGCUACAUGAUGGUUACCAUGGUUACACGUACAUAAUACAAUAUUGGAUAUUAUUUUUUAAUCGUCUUUACAUAUGACGUUUAUAAAAGCUAAUGUUCUUGCCUUGUAGAAAGUGUUCGCUGCAAAUCCGCAGUUACACCGAGGGCUGACAGUCGUUAUGGUUAACGGCUGCCAUCUUUCCUCAUUAAAAGUUAUAAAAUGAAAUGACAAGUUUGGUUUCACGCGUGUCUGUCUUUGCAGCGACCAGUGACUAUUUCUACUGCGAAAUCGACUUAAUAAAAGUGAUAUUAGACCACCAGACGUUUUUUUCGAUCGGCUUUACAGGAGCGCGUCUGUUUUUGACGUCCAUCAUGGCGGAAGAGUUCUGAAGGAAGUGACGUCACGCGCAAACGGUCGACGCUGCUCCAACUGUACAUCUGUCGCUGUUGAAUUUACAGUUGUAAACUCUGUGCCUUUUGUUUUGUUCAUAUAUUUGUGACUGAAUCUGUGCUGCUCUGAACUUUUACAUUUACCAUCCAAAUAAAUGC